GCAACAAAACAGUGGCUUGCUGGUACAAAAUGCACCUAAAAUUUCACCUAAUUCAGUCCCAUUGGGUCACAGGACCUCUGUGUUUGGCAAGACCACAAAGGGCUCGCAGCCAACAGGUAAACUACCAGGUAUACUGCGACCGUUAUGCCGGACUAUUUGCUUCGCCGUAUGGGCACGUACUCACGCAGUGCGGAGGUGUGUGGGUGGCACGGCCAUUUGUACACACGAUAGAUAUAAUGGCCCACAGGUCGGACGUGAGUCGGCAGUAGAAAGUGGAAAUUCGAACGAGCCACGUGUCCAUUGGGAAAACCAAGUGAAAGGCUAGCUGCAACAUAUGCAACAGCAACAGUAAAAGCAACAUCAAUAGCAACAGCAAUGAGAUGCAGGAAUUGCUUGUAAGUCCGGAAAUGGCGCAGCAACAACGCAGUUGGGAUGAGGGAGCUGUCGGCGGAGGAGGAGUCUAUGGCCAUCCCCACUCCUCGCACCACAAAGUUCCGGCACGGGCCUCCAGCAAUCCGCUACCCUGCAAGGGAGCCACUCCCAAGCUGCCCAGGCCGUACCACGGUGCUCCGUCGCCGGGCUACAGUUAUGGGGGCUACGAGACCCCGAGGAGCCCCAAGAUCACCACCACCUAUGCCCAGGAUAGUUGCGAUGAUGCGAGUAGCUCCACGCCCAGCUCGUACUACCAGACGCCUCCCUCGGGAUCGAUAGAUGACUCCGCCUCCUUGCUCAGUGGCCGCACCACGGCCCGCAGCCCCAAGUCCCCAUGCCAAUUCGUCUUCGAUGCAGUGAGUCCCAGUCACGGCCGCAAGUUCGAGUACUACGAACCCAUAUCCCCCGACGACGGAGCCCUCUACUACGACCCACCCAGUUCGCCACGCCGCCAGGGAUCCAAGAAGCUGAUGCGGACAAAGAUUCCGCUGGAUCCGGUUCCCCAAUUAACCACCACGGGGGUGGAUGAGAGUAUGGCAGUGGCCAUGGCAAUCGGAGGAGGAGCAGGAGGGGGAGGAGGUGGCUAUGUCCAAGGAGGACAUAAUAAGCGGCAGCGGGAUGAAUGGGAACUGCCGGUGAUCAGCAAGAUCGAGGCCAGGAACCUUAGUGCAGCCGCAUCCGCAGCAGGAGCCGGAUCUGGAUCUGGAUGUGGAUCUGGAGCAGGAUCGGCGGGAGGCAACUACUACGGCCUGAAGCGCGACUCCUGCGUCACCGACUGCACCCAGCUGUCCAUGGAGUCCGGCGAGACGGGCACGCAGCACACGAACAGCACCAUGGUCACCCACACCACCACCAGCUUCAGCUUCACGGAGCCGGACAUGGAGAUGGAGCAUGCGGAGCAUGCCGGCCAGGCGCCAUCGCACCGCCAGCGCCGCCAUGCCAUCAACAUCACCUCGAAUCCCGGCUACCAGGUGCUCCACAGCUCUCACUCCACGCUGGACCGCACCUGCUCGGACAGCGUGGUCUCGCUGCGCUACCGCAAGUCCACCAGUGACCUGACCCAGGAUGCCGACCACGAGCUGAGUGGCUGCAAGCCGCCGAAGCCGAAGGCCCACGUGGAGCACAAGCCGCGCCGCCGUGGCAGCUCCAAGGGCGGACUUGCCUACCUGGCCAGCCGCCGCAGCUCCCGCGAGUCGAUGAAGAGCGCCUGCUCCAACGCCUCCAUCGUGUCCAACGACGACGUCGGCCCACUGGCCUUCCAGAGCUCCAAUCGCGGUCGCCAGCGCAGAACAUCCAAUUUUCUGGAGUUGCCAGUGCCCGACCAUGUGCGACCGCGCGUCUGCUCCCUGCCAGAGCGGCCGUACAAUCCGCGGGCCAGCGACGACCUGUACCGCCUGCGGCACUUCUCCAUCAGCAAGGGCAACGUGGUCAACUGCGGCGACUCCAUCAUCUCGCGGCGGUCUCGCAGCAACACCAGCGUGAACUCGACGAACAGCCGGGCCAGCGAGCGGUCCCCGUUCGAGGGCAGCUGCUGUGGAGCGGGCUACGCCAACGUGGACUCCCUGCCGGCGACGCCGGACGACUCCGAGACCCUGGAUCCGCCGCCACCGGCCCGCUACCGUGUCGUGAUGCUGGGCGACGCCGGGGUGGGCAAGACGGCACUGGUCAAUCAGUUCAUGACCUCCGAGUACAUGCACACCUACGACGCCAGCUUGGAUGACGAGUUCGGGGAGAAGACGGUGAGCGUGCUGCUGGACGACGAGGAGUCGGACAUGGUCUUCAUCGACCAUCCCAGCGUGGAGAUGAGCGUGGAGAACUCGCUGUCCACCUACGAGCCGCAUGGCUGUGUGGUGGUCUUCUCGGUGGUCGAUCGCAGCUCGUUCCGCGUCGCGGAGGAAAUCAUCAACUACCUUUGGCAGGAGAACUACACCAAGGACAAGGCCGUCAUCCUGGUGGGCAACAAGGCGGACCUGGCCCGCGCCCGCCUUAUCACGUCGCAGGAGGGCAAAACCCUGGCCGCCUCACGCGAUGCCAAAUUUAUUGAGACGUCCAGCGGCAUACAGCACAACGUCGAUGAGCUGCUCGUUGGCAUAUUGAAGCAGAUGCGUCUGAAAGAGAAGCGCGAGAAGAAGGCCACCGCCUCCAAGAUGAAGACUUCUCGCACCCACAUAUCGCUGCACUUGGCCAAGGAACUGCUGCAGAAGAUCUGCCUCAGCGACAUCUCCAAGUCGAAGAGCUGCGAGAACCUGCACGUGCUGUAAGGAUACACAGAUGUCCCACCAGCGAACCCAAGCGAACAUGUGCUGGCCGAGCAGCCACUCCAGAUGUCUUCUUCCUGGCGAAAUUCCAGUACGAAAAUAUGCCACAAAACUGUAUACAAAAGAGAAUUUUAUCAAAAGCGGCUGGUGGGCGAAAUAUUCCGAAUGCCAUUCAGAUGGGACCGCAGUUAACGGGCGGGGGGAUGUGUUCAUCUCCUUUGUUGUGCUCCGUUUAUUAAAAGUUUAGUACCGGGUCUCGUUUUAUUUUUUUUUUCGCCAAGUCAUGUGGCUGUGGUCAGGCCUACAGAUUCGGCGAUAGUCGGUUUUUUUAUGGCGUACUUUUUGGUCCGGCUUAUCGCAGUCAGACGCACCUCCAACUCGAGUUGAAUGGCGAAGGCCGGAGUGAUAAGCGGUGAAUCAAUGAUCCAAUGAUCCAACGACCCAGCAAUUCAGGCUUGUGCAGCCUCCAGCCCGAAAUAAAAUCCGCUGAAAGGGGGCGGUGCCAUAUUACUAUAUAUAAUAUAUAUUUAGGUGUAUAUGUGUUCCAAUGCGAAAAAAAAACUUCAAUUCCAAUAAUGUGCUGUCAAUUGAACGCUACGAAACGCUUAAGGAGCAGCCCCUAGAGAGACGAGAGAAACUUUAUAGAUGUUGAUUUAUGUAUACACAUAGAGGCCAUAAGCAUAAGCAUCAUAUAUACACGUGACCUAUAUCGGAUAAGUUUAAUGUCUAGGCUAGGUUUACUAACCGCUCCACCUGCUUCGCAAAGAAAUUCUUCCAAUUGACGAAAAUCUCAUAUCGGAAUGACUGUUAAAUGUUGACUGUUGUUAGUCUAAGCCAAGAACAAAUACCAUUUAAUCAAAGUAUUGUACUUCACUCAGACGUUACUACGAAAGUAUAUAGAUGUUUAUAUUUACGUGUACCUAUAUUUACCAUAUAUUUAAAGACAAAGAUA